GCAUAAAUAGAUAAUCAGAGGAUUUGUGAAUUUAAUUUGAAUGGAAGAGAUGAUUAUUAAUUAGUUUAAAAAAAGAGUUUUGGUGUGAAAGGUGGAAGGAGAAAAUAUAAUUAAUUAGAUGAGGGGGGUGAGUUGAGAGUAUAUAAGAGAUCCCUGGUGAUUGGAAUCUAUCCUUUGGAAAAAGAAAUAGGAAACAAAUGAAAGCUUGCCACAGCUCUCUCUCUGUUUCUGUGUUUCUGUUUGUGUUUUGCUGAGCUCUGCCUUUCUCUCAUGAUAUGCAAAUAUCCUAAUCCAUUCCCAAACCCUAUAUAAACCUCAAACAACACUUCAAACACUAUAACAUCCAAUGGAAAUGGAGGCUCAAAGGCCCCCACUUCCUCAACACAACGCCCACAACAACCCGCUCUCGCGCCUAAACCAAUACGUAGCCAAAACCAGAUUAGGAAAAUGGUUCAAGAUCUCCCAACGCAACUCCACCUUCACCACCGAGCUCCGCGCCGGCACAGCCACUUUCCUCACCAUGGCCUACAUCCUCGCCGUCAACGCCUCCAUCCUCACUGACUCCGGCGGCACCUGUUCUGUCUCCGACUGCCUACCCCUCUGCUCCGACCCCUCUGUCCCUAUCUCAGCCUGCAACACCUCUUCCCUCCGCCUCCUCCAUCCCGACCAGUCAUGCAAGUUCGACCCUGUUAACCCUGGUUACGCCGAGUGCCUCGAAAACACUCGCAAGGACUUGAUCGUCGCCACCAUAGCCUCUUCUCUCAUUGGCUGCUUCAUCAUGGGCACCUUCGCCAACCUCCCUCUGGGCCUAGCCCCCGGCAUGGGCUCCAACGCCUACUUCGCCUACACCGUCGUCGGCUUCCAUGGCUCCGGCAACGUCUCCUACCAGAGCGCUUUGGCCGCAGUCUUCAUCGAAGGAAUCAUCUUUCUCCUCAUCUCCGCAAUUGGUCUUCGUGCCAAACUCGCCAAACUCGUCCCCAAGCCUGUCAGAAUCAGCUCCUCUGCGGGAAUCGGGCUUUUCCUCGCCUUCAUCGGGCUUCAAAACAACCAAGGAAUCGGGCUCAUCGGGUACAGCCCAUCCACACUGCUCACCCUCGGCGCCUGUCCAUCCUCUUCACGGGCCUCCCUCGCGCCCGUUAUAACAGCCGCUAACGGCACGAUCAGUUUGCUACCCGGCGGAACAGUCUCGGGCGAUAUCCUCUGCCUGCGCGACAGAAUGGAAAGCCCCACGCUCUGGCUUGGCCUGGUGGGUUUCGUCAUAAUCGCCUACUGUCUCGUUAAGAACGUCAAAGGCGCCAUGAUAUACGGCAUCGUUUUCGUCACCGUGGUGUCGUGGUUCCGCAACACCAAAGUCACGGCUUUUCCCAACACCGACGCGGGUAAUUCCGCCCACCAGUACUUCAAGAAGGUGGUGGAUGUUCACACCAUAAAGAGCACGGCGGGGGCUCUUAGCUUCAAGAGCAUAGGGAAAGGGUAUUUCUGGGAGGCCGUGGUGACGUUCUUGUACGUCGACAUUCUCGACACCACCGGAACGCUGUACUCCAUGGCGCGCUUCGCCGGCUUCACCGACGAAAAGGGGGGGUUCGAGGGACAGUACUUCGCGUUCAUGUCCGACGCCACUUCCAUCGUGGUGGGGUCCUUGCUCGGGACCUCCCCCGUCACGGCGUUCAUCGAGUCGUCGACGGGGAUCCGGGAGGGUGGGAGGACGGGAAUUACGGCGCUGACGGUGGCGGCGUAUUUCUUCCUGGCGUUCUUCUUCACGCCGCUGCUGGCGUCGAUUCCGGCGUGGGCGGUGGGGCCGCCGCUGAUUCUGGUGGGGGUUUUGAUGAUGAGAUCGGUGGUGGAGAUUAAUUGGGAGGACAUGAGGGAGGCGAUACCGGCGUUCGUGACGCUGAUUCUGAUGCCGUUGACGUAUUCGAUCGCGUAUGGGCUGAUCGGUGGGAUUGGGACUUACGUGGUGUUGAACCUUUGGGAUUGGGGCAGAGAGAUUUUGGGUCGGUUUGGGGUUACCAAAACAACAACAAGGGUGCCCCAAGAUGAGGAUUCCCAUCAUCAUCAUCAUCACCCUGAGAGGGUCAAUGGAGUACAACAAAAUCAACAUUCUCCACAAAAUCCAACUUCCAAAGCAGUUCAACUAGACCCUUAAUUUUAGGCACACAUGUUCCUGUUUUGGUUUAUAGAAAAGGAUUUAGUGCUUCGUAUUGCCUCGGCCUCGUCUUCGUCGUAGUCUACCAACGCAUCCUCCACCUACUUUACCUCGACGAUCAACUAGCCUUCGUCAAGCGCAAAUUCUCUGGCCAUAGCAACCCCAAAAAAAACUUAAUAUCGAGAUUUUGACGAGAUCUUCCGCCAGCUGCAAAUCGAGGCCAAGGCACGCGUCGAGAAUUUGAAGAAAACAAGUCCCCUCCCCAUAGUGGCUCCUCAAAGGUAACAACAAAACGGCACUUUUGAUGUAAAUAGGCUACAGAAGCUUGAAGGAAAAAUGGGCAAUGGAAAUGGGAACGGGAAGAAGAAAGAGGUUGUUGUGGCUGCCAAGGCUGAGCCAAAAAAAGUGGUUAAGAAAAACAUGGUUUGGGAUGAUUCCUCUCCGCAAACCAAACUGGACUUUACUGAUCACCUUCAUGGGGAUAAAAAGGUUGACUUUCUAGCUAAAGAACAAGGCGAGAGUAUGAUGGAUAAAGAAGAGGUUCUUAGCAGUGACAACCAGGUUGAAGAUGACGACGAUGAUGAUAUUGGAAAGGAUAUUUGUUUUGCCCACUUUUAAUUUAAUUAAAUUUGAUUUUUCCUUUUGUAUUCUAAUUUUUAAUACAAAAUACACUUUCA